AUGAGUUCAACAGAAGAAGAACCUAGCCAAGAGCCCGGCGGUAGAAGCACCGGUGUUGGUCACAAGAUGGCUGCACACCAAAACGUCAAUGAAGACUAUACUUACGGGUACCGAGAAGCUGAGGAGGUCAGUAAGGCUUAUAAGGAGGAAUCUAGCUCCCACAAGAAAUCAGACGGUGAUGUUUACGGGUACAAAAAGCCCGAGGAUGUCAGCAAGGGGUUUGAGGAGAAGCCUUCCUCCCGCGACUACGAGAAACCAGAGGACGUUUACGGCUACAAAGAGCCUGAGGAAGUACGCUUCUCAUACAAGCCUAAAGUUCCCCGCUGCAAGAAAGGCUACAGGCUACUCGCCGGGACCUGCAUCAAGCUCGUGUCAACAGGCUGGUACGGGCUCGGGAGGUCCCAUGAUGGGGCAAAGAAGGCAUGCAGGAAGGAAGGAGCCACACUGGCCAUGCCGAAAACGGAAGAACUGGACGUCGCUCUGAGAGAUCUGGUCAAAACUGAAGGACCCAACAAAGGACACUGGAUCGGUAUGGAGGAGAAAGAGGGAACCUGGUAUUGGGUGGACGGGUCGUUGGUCGGCCAGAAUGGGUACAAGGGAUGGAAUCCAGGCCAGCCAAGUAACCCCCGAUGGCCGCCCACAUGUGGACAGUACUGGGAAAAGUCAAAAAGUCCCGACUGGCUCUUCUCACAGUCUGGACACCCCAUGUGGGACGACGAUGCUUGCUUCAGUCUGAAGAGUUUCAUCUGUCAGCGUCCCCCGGCCUAAAUAGAGACUUUCAAUAUACAUUCGUUCUGCCUAACAUCGCAGUAUAUGAAAUUCUACUAAACAUGCAUUUCAAUCUUUUAACGUAGCA